AUGGCAGCCUGCUGCACCCACUGUUUGCUGCUCCACUUCCUGGUGGGCUUCACCCCCUACUCGGAUGCUGUCAUAUGUCAGGAGGGGAUCUUGCUUCAGUUUGGCAAUGGCUUCACUAAGAAACCAGUUAAAUGGAAGUCAUUUGACACCGAGAAAACUGGACCUGAGGAGAUGUGUCAGGAGACUCUCCUGAUAGUAGACGUAGGUCCCAGCAACCCUGGGGACUCCAUGAAUGAAAUUACCACGGAGUAUGCCAGCGGACCUGGAAUAGUGGCUGCCUCUUACUUCAAGUUGUGUGACACUGAUCUGUGCAACCACGCUGACAGCAGCCAAGUCCUACUUAAGCACCUCCUUCCUUCAAACUCCACUCGCCCAGGGACCACCCAGUGUCCUGUCUGCUUGCACUUUCAAGGUUCCUGCACCCGAAAUUCCAACUAUGUCCACUGUCCUAAGGGCACUGCUUGCUACACAGGUGACAUUACGAUUACAGGAGGUGGAUUCAGUAACACAUUUAGCAUUGAUGGAUGCCUGCACUCGUCUGGCAAAACCUUACUGAAAGGCAAAGAUACAAUUGGCAUCUUCUCCGUGGUGGAAAAGCUUGAUAUGUCACUGACUGCUAACUCAUUCUCACAUCUGUUUGGCCCUGGCACCUCCCUCACUUGGCUGUUAGGGCUGGGGCUCUUCUUAGCCCUGUGUCUGUCAGGCUUUGACCUCUCUGCUCAACCCAUUCCCCUGUGGUUCUUAAGCCCUGUUGGCUCGCACACUCAGCUGUCUUCUGAUGUCAUAACCUAA